AUGUACGCGUGCGCCUCCCACAGCAUGCGACGUGGUGUGCGUGUGUAUGUGGCAGCUCACCGGACAGGUGCCGCAGCAACACGGCGACCUCGGCGACGCGGUCACGGCACUCACACAUGUACGCGUGCGCCUCCCACAGCAUGCGACGUGGUGUGCGUGUGUGUGUGGCAGCUCAUCUGGCUGGUGUCGCAGCAACGCGGCGACCUCGGCGACGCGGUCGCGACACUCAAGCAUGUACGCGUGCGCCUCGCACAGCAUGCGACGUGGUGUGCGUGUGUAUGUGGCAGCUCACCGGACAGGUGUCGCAGCAACACGGCGACCUCGGCGACGCGGUCACGGCACUCACACAUGUACGCGUGCGCCUCCCACAGCAUGCGACUUGGUGUGCGUGUGUGUGUGGCAGCUCAUCUGGCUGGUGUCGCAGCAACGCGGCGACCUCGGCGACGCGGUCGCGGCACUCACGCAUGUACACGUGCACCCCCCACAGCAUGCGACGUGGUGUGCGUGUGUGUGUGGCAGCUCACCUGGCUGGUGUCGCAGCAACGCGGCGACCUCGGCGACGCGGUCACGGCACUAGCGCAUGUAGGUGUGCGCCUCCCACAGCAUGCGACGUGGUGUGCGUGUGAGUGUGGCAGCUCACCGGGCUAA